AGCUGAUUUUCUUCUAUGUGAGAGACGGUUUACUUGGUUAGAUUUAGGCAAGUGCAUCAAGUUAUUUAUCAAAUAAGAAAGUGUAAGUAGAGUAUUGUAUCAUGUAAAUAGUAGUUUCAACUAAACAAUCCGCGUUAUUUAUUUGGGAACAAUAAAAAUAAAUAAUGAUAAAGGGUUUAUAGUUUUGCAAUUUAAUCUGUUUGCAACAGAGCAAAGUUUAUCUGUUUUGAUUGAAAAAUGUUAGCGAUAGUUAGGAUUUUUUGAAUCCCCUCUAUUUAUUUGUUGAAAUGACUUAACAAUCAAGUCAUAUUCGGCUUUUAGUGUUUUUUUUUUUAUCCAAGUGAUGAGUUUAUUGGGUUUUACUACCUAUCAGCUGUCGAGUUGCACCUGCUGAUCACACGGGUAGGUACAUGUGAGGUCUUACUCUCUCAGAGGUAUGAGUUCAUUCUCCUCCAACUUUCAGUUGCAACCAUUACACCAGAGUUCCUACAGGUUUCAGUGUCCAGGGUUGUCACUCCUAAAUUCAGAGGUAUUUAAAACAAGGAAAAUGCUAUUUUGUACGGAAGUGUUGUGCAAGAAUACUCACGGGAGCGUGAAAACUUUCUACUUCCACGCGCUACACUUUCUCUGUCCAACAAAAAUAAGAUUAAAUUAAAUAUAAAACCUGCAGUUUGUAACUAAAAAAAAAAACUGCAGUUCAGCCAAAAAAAGAAUGGAAACCCACGAUCUCCACUCCCGCGAAUCAGAUACUCUUUCCUGCGAAUUGUUUCCUCAUUCCCGCGAAUCAAAUACUCUGAUUGGAGUUCAAUCUCAUUUGUUGCGAAAUAGCGUCGUGGUCGUUUUCUCAUUCUUACGUCUUGCCUCUGUGAAUUUGAUCUCAUAUUCAUCCUCACAUAACUCUGUUUCUGCUUACUAUCAUAGCUUCCAUUGAUUCAUAGCCUAAAGCAGAGUAUUUCAGAUUUCAUUUCACUUACAAUGCAAGAAGGAUUUGAGUCUUGUGAUGAAUUGGAAACUAAUGAUUGUUUAGAAGCAAAUGAUACUUAUGAAGAAGAAACACCUUGUGAUGGGAUGUCAUUUGGAUCUGAGAAGGAAAUUACUGAGUAUUACAGGAAUUAUGCUCAGCGGGUGGGUUUUGGAACUACUAAAAUAAGUUCAAAAAAAGGAGAUGAAGGGAAAAUGUAUUUUACUUUAGCAUGCAGUCGAUCUAGAAAGUAUGUGAGUCGCUCAAAGAAUUUGUUAGAGCCAAAUCCUGUAACAAAAACGCAGUGUAAGGCUAGAUUGAAUGCGUUUAUGUAUUCAGACGGAACAACUAAAAUUUCAAGUGUUUUUUUUUAGCAUAAUCAUGAUCUAAGUCCAGGGAAAGCACGAUAUUUUAGAUCUAACAAAAAUAUUGGGGCUCGAAUGAAGAGGAGGUUAGAACUUAAUGAUCAAGCUGGGAUUAAUGUGAGUAGAAAUUUUCGAUCCUUGGUCGGUGAAGCAAAUGGGUAUGAGAAUCUCACAUUUGGAGAAAAAGACUGUAGAAACCACAUAGACAAAGUAAGACGAUUACGACUUGGGACAGGAGAUGCUGAAGCAAUACAAAAAUACUUUGUUAGGAUGCAAAAGCAAAAUAGUCAAUUUUAUUAUGUAAUGGACGUCGAUGAUGAAAGUCGGUUACGAAAUGUGUUUUGGGCAGAUGCAAGAUGUAGGGCCGCAUAUGAAUAUUUUGGCGAAGUCAUAUCUUUCGACACCACUUACUUAACAAAUAAAUAUGACAUGCCUUUUGCUCCUUUUGUUGGAGUAAACCAUCAUGGUCAGUCGAUGUUGCUGGGUUGUGCUCUGUUAUCAAAUGAGAAUACUGAAACUUUUACUUGGUUGUUUAAGACUUGGUUAGAAUGUAUGCAUGAACGUUCUCCAAAUGCCAUAAUCACUGAUCAAGACGGAGCAAUGAAAAAGGCAAUUGAGGUUGUCUUUCCGAAGGCUCGUCAUCGGUGGUGCUUAUGGCAUUUAAUGAAAAAGAUUCCAGAAAAGUUUGGUAGACACUCUGACUACGAGUCUAUCAAAACACUUUUGCAUGAUAUUGUAUACGAUUCUUUUAGCAAAAGUGAUUUUAUGAUGAAGUGGGAAAAUAUGAUUGAGUGUUACAAGCUACAUGACAAUGAAUGGUUGAAAGGGAUAUUUGUUGAACGGCAUCGUUGGGUUCCUGCAUAUGUAAGGGACACAUUUUGGGCUGGAAUGUCAACUACACAACGAAGUGAAAGUAUGAACUCAUUUUUUGAUGGAUAUGUGACCUCAAAGACAACACUAAAGCAAUUUGUUGAGCAGUAUGAUAAUGCAUUGAAAGAUAAAAUUGAAAAGGAAAACAUUGCCGACUUUCGUUCGUUUAAUACGGUUAUUGCUUGUAUUAGUCACUUUGGCUUUGAAUUCCAAUUCCAAAAAGCCUUUACCAAUGCAAAGUUUCAGGAAUUCCAAUUGGAAAUAGCUUCUAUGAUGUACUGUCAUGCAUGUUUCAACAGAUUGGAGGGUUUGGAUUCAAUAUUUUCUGUUACAGAAAGUAAGAAAUUAUAUGACAAGAUGAAAGAUAUUGUGUUCAUGGUGCUCUUCAAUGAAAAAGACUUCAUGUUAAAAUGCACCUGCCACUUGUUUGAAUUUAAAGGCAUUUUAUGUAGGCACAUCCUUUGUGUGCUUAAGCUCAUAGGGAAAACAGAUUUCGUGCCAUCUAAUUAUAUUUUGGCACGGUGGAGGAAAGAUAUAAAGCGGAGGUAUACACUUAUUAAAUGUGGUUUUGAUAAUUUGGCUGGAAAAACUGAAUUGCAACGUGUUGAUAAAGCUUGUGACGCCUUUUAUGAAUUUGCUUCAACAAGGAUAAAUAGUGAAGAUGAUUUAGUGAAAGUGAUGAACUGGAUUCAAAACAUGAAAAUUGAGUUACCAUGUAAUGAAACAUCUCCUAGAAUUAUAGAAGAAGAUUGUUCAGUUCAAAGCCAAGCUACCAUUCUUGAUCCUAAACUGGCUCGAAGUAAAGGGCGUCCUCCUUCGAAAAGGAAGACAUCUAAAUUUGAUCAGAUUGUGAAGAAGAAGCUUGCACAAAAGAAAACUAAAAAGAACAACCAAAAUAGUAAAAAAACUCAAGGUCCUGAAGAGGGCCCAUGCAUAUCUAGAGGUCAAGAAAUUGAAUAUGAAGUGUGUUACAGAUCUCAACUUGGUGAUGGAAUUGGCACACAAGAGAGCAUUCAAGUAAACAAAGAAUAUUCUAGUCGAGUAAAUCAGCAGGAGCAGAACAAUGUAUGGAGUGGUGAAAAUGGUAGUGUAAAUACUGUAGCUCCCUUCAAUCCAAAUCAAGAACAUCUUGGUGAAGAAAACAAGGAACGACACCAUAUGAAGGAUCAACACAAUCAUCACAGAGACAUAAGUUGAAUGAUCCAGCCAUCAAAAGCCAAGAUUAAGACACUGUUGUUACGAGUUUUUUUUUGUUUUCUGCAGUCAUGGUAUGAGGGUCUGCAUGAUUUGCAGUUUGGGUGAUGAUUGGCUUUUUGUUGUUAUGCUGUAUAGCCACAUGCCUUUUGUUUUCCCUGUUUCGGCCUUUGGUGCCUCCCAGUGUUUGUUUUCAUCAGUGCGUGGAGACUUGUUUGUUUGGAUUUGUUUGUAAACUCUAGCCUUUUGCACUCCUUGUGCUAGGUUUUAUUGAAUGAAUUAAUCAGUUAUAAAAAA